CGUGGAGGGAAAAUCUCCUAAGCCUAAAGAAUUGGCGCCAAACAAGACGCACAGAUCAGAGUUUUUAGAACGGCAAAGAGCGAUCUGUUCGACCUCCAUUGCUCCGCUGCUUGUCCCGCUCGUCCAAGGUGUAUGCUGUUCUGCAAAAGAUGCAAAUGAUCUCCUAUUUAGACUCCUCCUAGCAACGAAAAAGACGAUAUCAAUCUUAAUUAACUGCGAAAGAAAGGAAAAAGUAGGUUCUAAUGGCUACUGAUACUAACGCCAUGGAAAAGGAUCAGAACAGGACAAAUAAGGUGCCUACUUGGAUGCCUCAAAUUGGCAUGAAGUUUAAUUCUACAAUUGAGGCUUGGAACUUCUGGAACUUUUAUGGAGGUCAUAUUGGAUUUGAUGUAAGGGUAAACUAUGAAAACAAGAGCAAAAUUGAUGGAGUAGUCACUUCGGCGAGAUACGUUUGUUCCAAUGAGGGCUAUCGUGCAAAAGACAAGAGAGACCAUAAUACAAGGCGUCCCCGUGCAGAAACAAGAACCGGCUGUAAAGUUCGGAUGGGAAUCACUAUAGACCGAGAAGUAGGAAAUUAUGAAGUACAUGAGCUGGAUGUUGAACACAAUCAUGUCCUGCAGUUGCCCGAAACAUGCCACUUGAUGCCAUCACAGCGGAAGAUUUCAGCUUUGCAAGCUUUUGAGAUUGAAACUGCGGAUGAUUCAGGAAUUGAGCCAAAAAGAGCCCAUGAGUUGGCAAGUCGGCAGGUUGGUGGGACAAUAAACCUUGGAUACAUACGUCGUGAUCACAAGAAUUAUUUGCGAACCAAGCGUCAAAGGGAGAUGAUGUAUGGUGAAGCUGGAACCAUGCUUAAGUACUUUAAGGAUAAAAAGUCAGAGAACCCAGCAUUUCAACAUGAUGAACAGCUAGACUGCGAUGAAAAGAUCACAAAUAUCUUCUGGGCUGAUGCUAAGAUGAUCAUUGACUAUGCUCAUUUCGGUGAUGUUGUCACCUUCGAUACUACAUUUGGGACAAAUAAAGAAUACAGACCCUUUGGUGUAUUUGUUGGCUUCAACCAUUUUAGAGAAACAGUAAUUUUUGGGGCUGCACUUCUAUAUGAUGAAACAUUCAAUUCUUUUAAAUGGUUAUUCGACACAUUCUUAUCUGUGCAUAACAAAAAGCAGCCUAGAACUAUCUUUACUGAUCAAGAUAUUGCAAUGGGUAAGGCAAUUCAUGCGGUAUUUACAGAAGCAUGGCAUGGAUUAUGCACUUUUCACAUAAUGCAAAAUGCCGUUAAACACUUACCUCAAAAGAAAAAGGAUGAGGACGGCCCAAAUGUUCUUGCUGAAUUCAGUGCUUGCAUGUACAAGUAUGAGGAUGAGGAAGCCUUUGAAGAAGCUUUCACUGCCAUAAGAAGCAAGGUGGAUACACAAACUUGGUUGGACAGUAUAUAUAAAGUAAAAGAGAAAUGGGCAAGAUGUUUCAUGAGGAAUGCUUACACUCUAGGGAUGAGAAGCACACAAUUAAGCGAGAGCUUGAAUAGUGACUUGAAAAACCAUCUGAAAUCUGAUCUUGACAUUCUUCGUUUUUUCAAGCAUCUAGAGAGGGUUGUGCAAGGAAAGCGAGACAAUGAGUUAAAUGAGGAAUAUGAGUCUAGAAAAAAAUUACCUAGAGUUAGAAUAAGGACUCCUGCAAUAAUACAGGCAAGCAAGGUAUACACACCGUGCAUAUUUGAAGAUUUUCAGAAUGAAUAUGAAAGAUCCAUCUCAGCAUAUAUCAAGCCAUCCGAAGAACACAAUGUAUAUAAUAUUGCCAUUGCAAGUCUUGAUCCAGAAAGCACAUAUGAAGAAGAGAGCAAAGUUAUAGUUGAUCAUAAAGAGCAAAAAGUUCUCUGCAAUUGUGGGCAAUUUGAACGACUUGGUAUAUUGUGCAGUCAUGCUUUGAAAGCUCUUGAUGUCAUGAAUAUUAAGUAUCUUCCGAGCCACUAUAUUCUGAAGCGGUGGACUCGAGAAGCACGAAGCGGCACUAUUCAGGACAGCUAUGGAAAUAUUGUUUUGGAGGACCCAAGAAUGGAAGAUAGGUUGUGCUUGAAGUUUUUCAUUCAUAAGUUCCAUGGCAUAGCUUCCAAAGCACUCGUAUCCGAAGAAUGCAGGAAACUAGUAGAUGAUGCCUUGGAGAACCUUAGCAAGCAAGUUGAAGAAAAAGCUCCUACUAGUACAUGCAGAAGUGAAGCUACAUGUGAAGAACCAGAUAGUAGUUUACAGAAUGCGUGCCUAAAGAAAAAGGAAAUAGAAAAGAAAAACUCAAGAAGAAAUAAAUCAUGGAUCGACAAGCAGCGCCCCAAUAAAAAGAAAAAGAAGAAAGCUGAACUCGUACCCGAAAAACAAUCUUGUUAUAGAGGAGAGAUGGACACGCCAGCAGCACAACACCAAGCAACUACAGAGCAACCGGCUGGAAUAAAUGAGAAUGAUUUGCAGGAGUAUGGGUGGAUGACUCGUUUGCUGAUGGGCCAAGUUGAUGACAGUUUGGACUUGCAGAACUAUAUGAAUUUUCCUAGCAUAUGACAUAGGCGAUAGAUACUGAAAUUAGUUCUCCAAUUUUCCUAGCAUAAAGAUCUCAUUUGCAACAAACUUUACACUUCAAAUAUAUUCUUUUUGUUUUCGUGAUACAUACUGGAAACUAGUUCUCCCAUUGGGUUUUUGACUUUCUCCUAUGUAAAGAUCUCAUUUGCAGUACUAAACUAUGUUCUUAAUCUGAAGUUACAAAUUCAGCUUACC